AGCGAUUCGUGAUGACCAGCACUAAUGCAAAUUGCAAUUGUGCGACAGAAGGACCAACCAAAGGAGGGAAGGAGAAGAUAGGUGAAGCGACUCCAAACUCACAGCGGCGUUAGUAAAGAAGAAGCAGGUGUCCAACAUGGCGAACGCGGCCAGCGGAGCUCUUGCAAGUCUCCUGCUUUUAUCCACGAUUGCGGCAGCUGUUCUUCAAGGAGCAGCUCAGUACCCAGUCCAAAGCCAGAACCUGGUGACAGACAACAUCUCGGUGGUGGAGGGGGAAACGGCCACAAUCAGCUGCCGAGUCAAAAAUAAUGACGACUCUGUCAUCCAGCUCCUGAACCCCAACAGACAGACCAUCUACUUCAGAGAUGUCAGACCUUUGAAGGACUCUCGCUUUCAACUGGUCAACUUCUCAGAUAACGAGCUGCGCGUGGCUCUGUCCAACGUGUCUCUCUCGGACGAGGGCAGAUACGUGUGUCAGCUCUACACGGACCCUCCACAGGAGGCCUACGCCAACAUCACUGUGCUGAUCCCACCAAGCAACCCAAUCAUUGAGUCACAUGAGGAAAUUGUAAGCGAGGGCAACGAGACAGAGAUGACCUGCACAGCUAUGGGCAGCAAACCAGCCGCCACCAUCAGAUGGAUGAAAGGAGACAAAGAGCUGCAAGGAAAAUCCAAAGUGGAGGCCACGUAUGACAGGAUGUACACUGUAACCAGCUGGGUAAAGCUCACUGUUACAAAGGAGGAUGACGGCGUUCCUGUCGUCUGCAUUGUGGACCACCCAGCAGUCAAGGACUUUCAAGCUCAGAAAUACCUGGAGGUGCAGUAUAAACCAGAGGUGAAGAUUGUCGUGGGGUUUCCUCAAGGACUAACCAGAGAGGGGGAAAACCUGGAGCUGACGUGCAAGACCAAAGGCAAACCAGAGCCUCAGCAGGUGAACUGGAUGAAGGUGGACGAUGACGUGCCCUCUCAUGCCGUUAUCACUGGCUCGGAUCUCUACAUCGAGAACCUGAACAAGUCUUACAACGGUACUUACCGUUGCGUGGCCUCAAACUCAGUGGGAGAAUCCUAUGACGAUUACAUCCUCUACGUGUACGAUGCCCUUACCACCACCCCUAUACCCACUACAGCCACCACCACCAUGUACACCACCACCUCUCUCCCAGGUAUCACCCAAGUAGACUCCAGAGCAGGAGCAGGAGCUCAAAGAGCGGUGGAUCAUGCCGUCAUCGGAGGAGUGGUGGCCGUCGUGGUCUUCGCCAUGCUCUGUCUUCUUAUUAUCUUGGGCCGAUACUUUGCAAGACACAAAGGUACCUACUUCACACAUGAAGCGAAAGGGGCAGAUGAUGCGGCGGACGCCGACACGGCCAUCAUCAAUGCUGAAGGUGGACACAACAACUCGGAUGAAAAGAAGGAAUACUAUAUCUGAUUGUACAAAUCUCUGGUGGUGUUAUUAAUAUUAUUAUUAUUAUUAUUAUUAUUAUUUUGUUUUGGUUUUUGGAUGGUUGGGAUGGGAGGGGCAUGGAGGGGUUAAGAAUGGGGAAUGUUAUGUUGCUGGGUUUUUUUUCGUUCUUCUUCCUGGGGAUGGAAUGAUGUAGACUACAUGGACACCUGAGAUGAUUUAGCCAUUGUCUUUGAGGAGU